AUGGCAGCGCAACAUUUACCAAGUCCAGAGGAUAGCAUGUGUGAUAAUAUAAAUAUAUCCUUGCAGUCAUUUCAAGAGGACUACACAACCGAACUUGCCCACUUGAUGUCUGUUUUUUAUACUGCGCCAACUCUAGUCAAGGAGCAAAUAUUGUCCCUAUUUCUGGAUUGCUGUGGACCAAAGGAGCUUCGAUUUUUACAUGCACAGCUUAUGCAUCGUGGUAGUCAUGGUAUUGAUAUGCUACGGCUGCUUCCAAUCGAAAUAGGACAACGCAUCUUAAUAUUUUCAGAUCUCGCUACUCUUGGAAAAGUACAGCAGACUUGCCGUUUCUGGAAUAGUGUCGCCAAUACAAAUGUGAUCUGGCAAUCUGCAUUGCAUAUACUACAGGGUGCGGCUUACUCUCCCACUACAAAAAUGACUGUGCCCGAGCUUAAAAGGAUUUGCAAAAUGAUGCGUCAAAGAGAUCUGUCGUGGCAACGGUGCAGACCAGUUCGAUGGGAUAUCUUUCCACAUUCAGAUAAAGUCACCGCGCUUCGUAUUCACCACGACAUUCUGGUUAGCGGAUCUUACGAUCGACUUUGCACUGUUUGGAAUCUGCAAACCCGAAAGCAAAUAUCCAGUUUUGAGAUAAGCGCAGUGUGUUGUGUGGAUUUUUUGUAUAAACAAGGCAUCAUUGCUACUGGGUCGUUCAACAGGGAAGUGGCAAUCUGGAACAUGACGACUGGGGAGAGAAUCCAAAUGUCUACCCAUCAUACAAACUCUGUUCUUUCAAUCUGCUUGGAUAAUGAUUGCGUAUACACUGGUGGGGCUGAUUCAGGACUAUAUUGCUGGGACUGGAAGCAAGGACACUUGACGGGUGUAAUCGCGGGACAUCAUGGAAAGAUAUCCAGCAUUGCUAUUGGUCAAACAAGCUGUUUGAAAGAUUUUUUGUUUUCCUGCUCAUAUGAUGGAACACUUACUGUAUGGAACAAAAAGACUUUUCAAAGUUUAGCUACUCUUAAUUUUGGACAGCCGCUUAAAUGUUUGGAUCUGUUCUUGAACGUGAUGGCUAUAGCAACAGAUCAAACAAUUACCCUAGUUGAUGUUGAAAUCGAUUUGACUCAUAAACCACACAUUGGUGUCGUGUUUAAUAACCGCAGAGAAUUGCAGCUUGAGAUGACUGCAGGCAUUACUGCAGCUCAUUACGGCUGCAUAGCAAUGAAUCGUGGGUAUCUCGUGUCUUACGCACACGAUCUCACACUAUGGAGAGUAAGUCCUCCUGCCAUGCUUCAGAAUCUAUUGGAAGGGUGCGGUCCGUAUAGUGGUACACUUGCUAUUGAUGAUGGAAGGGUAGUUGUUGGUCGGAGUGACGGACAGAUUCAAGUAUUCGAUUUUUCGUCAUGCAACUGA